UAAAAUUCUAUGAUAAAAUUCUUGGUGUUGAAUUGAAUGGCCGACAGGCCGGAAAAGUAAUUAGAGGAUAAAAUUGUUUUCAAAAUAUCCUGUUUAAACAAUUGAAAUUUAUUUAAAAGGGCCGGGCGAAUCACACUUGCUUCGCAGUGACUGCUAUACUGUAUGGACCAUGGUUAAGUCGGCCUAAAGAGCCGUAAUAUUAUAUACAUUGCGGCGUUCAACGUGUUAAGAAGUUUCGUGUAAUACCCAAAAUGUUGCUUUUCUUUGCAAACUAACUGGAUUAUGGUUACAACUGAACAAUUAUUGCCAUUUUUUUUUCUCAUUAGUUUUCUGUAGAUACAUUGCAUAAUAAGGGCUUUUAUCACCAGAAAGCAUUAAAUCUUCAGACAUGGCGGUAAAUGUUUAUUCCACGAACGUUACAUCUGAGAAUCUAUCACGUCAUGAUAUGCUAGCAUGGGUGAACGAAUGUUUGCAGAGUAGUUUUGCAAAAAUUGAAGAAUUAUGUACAGGCGCCGCAUAUUGCCAGUUUAUGGACAUGCUUUUUCCUGGAUCUGUGCAAUUAAAGAGAGUUAAAUUUAGAACCAAUUUGGAACAUGAGUACAUACAAAAUUUCAAGAUUCUUCAAGCUAGUUUUAAGAAAAUGCAAGUAGAUAAGAUCGUCCCCAUAGAUAGACUGGUGAAAGGUAGAUUCCAGGAUAAUUUUGAGUUCCUACAGUGGUUCAAGAAGUUUUUUGAUGCCAAUUACAAAGGGACGGACUACGAUGCGUUGGGAGCACGUGCCGGAGAACAAUUGGGGCAAGGAGGAUCUAACGCCCCUAGAGGUCAAUCUUUGAUGUUACGUCGGCCGAACGCGACGCCCUCUGCGCACGUACUCCAGCCACAACAGACUUCGCCGACUAAGCCGAAGCCUGCCAUUAGGGCCAUGCCCAAGGUGAAUGCCGUUAAACCAACUGCUGCGAAACCAAUUUCAAACAGACCUCAAGCUGGUGAUGCAGGUAAAAUAGAUGAGCUAGCGAACCAAGUCGCCGAAUUCAAGUUGACUGUUGAUGGACUUGAAAAAGAGAGAGACUUUUAUUUCGGAAAACUUCGUGACAUUGAAGUGAUGUGUCAAGAGUGUGAAGAUGGAAAUCCUAUUAUUCAAAAAAUAUUGGACGUCCUUUAUGCUACGGAAGAGGGAUUUGCGCCUCCAGACGAAGUUGAAGGUGUGGGAGAUGAAGAUGAAUAUUAAACGAUGAUCGCCUUGCGGAAUUCGCCUUAAGUUAUUAAAUUAAGAGAAAACGAAAAUCAAGUUUGUAACUAAAGCAACAUUGAUUUUAUUUGUAAAUCAGUUAAGUUUAUGUAACAAAUAGUUUUUAUAAGUGUUGCUUGCAUUUGUGUGUCAUGAUGGCAUUAAAAAACGUGAUUUGAUUAUAUAAAAACCCAUUAUAUGUUUUACGAACUUUAUUUUUGCAAACGUUUUUUAAGCAGUUUCUAGCAUAAUUCUUGUAUCCAGUAAAUCAUUCUGCCAAUUACCUGAAAUACGUUGAAUGCGCCAUAUUAUAUUUUUUUCUUGACAUACAAACUCUGUUAAUCAAUGUUAUAGAAUUUGAUCGUUUUGGAACAGUAUACUGACAAAUGUUAUUUUAAAUAAGUGUAUUAUAUUUUUAUAUAUUGGAGACCUAAAUCGUAGUUGUAAUAGAGAUCUGAGCUAAGUAUGGCGAUCAACGUAUUACAAAGGUAUUUCAUUGCGAAACCGUUAAAAGCAGUUUAAACCUAUUUGUGAUUCUAUUUUUUAUCCUAUUCGUUUCUUAUUGAAAUUAAACUGUCUACUUUAAAA